AUGAGGCCGCCAGCAACCUCUUUGGCCCUCUGGGCAUCGCUUAUGCCCCUUUGCUUAGGUAUCAACAUUUCCCCAACGGCGAUGGGCGGACUGGCGCUGGCAAGGGUCCUCUUUGGUGAUUCUCGAGAUGUUUUCUCCUCAUCAUCUGGUUACUCUGGAGAUCCCUCGGCUAUUAGAUCUUUCACCGAUGGCCCUUUUGGGAUGGGAAGUGGCAUCAUUAUGUCAACUGGAAGCUUAACCUCAGGAUCUCUGGCUCCCGGUGGUACAUGCCCAAGCUCCUAUACUACAGACCUGUAUGAUGCGUAUACCACUACCUAUUGUGGUCCAGAUUCCUACAACGGAGCUUCGUUUCUCUUGAACGUUCUUCCAACCAAGGCGACUACACUACUCAUCGACAUGGUUAUUGCAAGCUGUGACGUUAUUUCUGGCGAUAAGGUCAUGGUCUUUGUCAAUGGUGUUAAUGUCGCAAAGGACGAAACAGGCACUCCACUCGAUUCUUCGUCAAAGUACCUCAGCGAGCCAUGGGGUAUACCAUCGCCAAAUGGCGAUACAGUAUUCGCAAUGUCAUCACCGCCUCUUCGAUUCUCGAUACCGCUCCCAAAGACAUACGUGGAGUUGAAGAUCGCUGUAUGCGAUCGUCAUGAUGGUUAUGGCGAUACUGCAGUCAUGAUCAAAGCCCGACCCUGCACCAACUGCGAUCAGACGUUCAAGGUUGACUAUGACACGACGAGUAUUGUAUCUACUACGACGUACGAAGCAACAUCUGUCGUUACACAGGCUGCUUCAGGAACAGUUCGCGGGACCAUUUCUUACCUUACAUAUGUGACUGCUUCUGCUACCAGUACUACAUUAUUGUCGUCAACAACUUCUACCGAAUCAACAUUUGCAGCAACUUCUACAUCACCUGCUAUGUCAACCUCAGGAGAUGCUACCUCGUCUGUAUCAGAAAUAUCUACAUUGACUGAUACAGCAACCUCAUCGGAUUUUACUCCGUCCGCAUCCUCAGUACCGAUAUCCUGCAAUCAAAUAAACAAUCCCUACCAAAGCUCUUCCAACUCGCAGUUUGAGGUUGUUUGCAAUUCAUAUGCCACCGGAGGCAAUAACAUCGGCCCCAGUCAUGAGGUGACCGGUUUAGCGCCAUGCAUAGACCUGUGUUCUACUACCUCAAAUUGCAAAGUAGCACUAUUUGACCGUAGCCAGUAUUUGUGCUACCUGUUGGACGGAACAGAUGGCCCAGCGGCUAACAAUCUGUAUGACAUGGCGACCUUGCUGUCAUCUACAUCAUCCACGGCGAUGUCAUCUGCGACAUUCUCCACUACAACAACAUCCACCAUCUCGGCACCAACACCUUGCAAUCAACUCGAAAACCCAUCCUAUAUAAACGGUGUAAAGCUCUCGCUUCUAUGUGGUAAGCAGGCGACUGGCGGUAAUCAAAUCGAUUACAGCAAUCAGCUGCACAGCUUGACGGAAUGCAUGACGUUAUGCGCCGAUACCCUGGCAUGCCGAGCCGUCACGUUCAACAACGUUGGAAACGAAUGUACCUUGUAUGAUGGUGUUAACAAUUUCAUGAGUGACUUUAACAUGGAUAUGGCUGUGGUGGCAUCUCGACCAGCUACAUCAUCAACAACUGAAGCUCCAACCGCAUUUUCUACAACCACAUCAUUGUCGACGACGUCAACUACAGCACCAUCAGGACCGCGCUCCUGCAGUCAAAUGGCCGGCAGUACGUAUACCGGUCCUAAGGAGAACAAGUUUACUCUCAGUUGCGAUACUUCCUCGACCGGCGAGUCUAUCUAUCGACGCGAUGAAGAAGAUAGCAUGCAGGGAUGCCUGGAUCGAUGCGAUAAUGACAGCAGGUGCAUUGCCGUGAAUUUUCAUCCUUCUCCUUAUAGUGAAUGCGAUCUGAUUGAGUCAUUUACUGGGACUAAACCUUCCCCUGGCACCAGCUUUGCUUCCAAGGUACUUUCAUCAGCAUCAACCUCUACGUCAUCUGAGACUUUUGUACCUAUAGAAUCCACCUCAGAGUCUACAGCAUCAACACUAGACACAACCUCUUCAGCGUCGAUAUCAAUCGGGUCCCCAGAAACUACAUCAUCAUCGUCAUCAUCAGAACUCACGUCAGAGACUACGUCAGCGGGUACACUGGAGUUGCCAUCAUUUACGACUACAUCAGCUGUAACCUCACAAGCAGAUACCUCAUCACCAACAAGAUUGUCACCAUCUACAUCAUUAUCGUCAUCAUUAGAUGCUCUAUCAGGGACUCCAUCGAACCCUGCAUUGGAGUCUACGCAAGAGUCUACAUCACUUUCAACUGCGUCAGCUAUAACCUCACUAGCAGCUAUCUCAUUAUCAACAACAUUUACACCCCCUACAUUACCCGAUCCUUCAUUAUCCUUGUCGUCAGAAGCUGUUUCGGAGUCUGCACCGAAUACCAGAUUGGAAUCUACAUCAGCUGGAGAGUCAUCUUCUCUAGAGUCUACUACAGUUGCGGCAACUAAAAGCUCGCUGCCCACCGAUACUACUAGCAUCGAGAUGUCAACGACUGAGAUAUUGAAUACUAAAACACCACUCUUAGGGACAUCAACCACUACCGCUUCGGCUACCGCGAUAGAAACCACAGCAACAGCUUCCAGCUUGAGCAAUACCAGUCAGGUUUCACCUGAGAUACAGUCCACAUCAGAUGCUUCUGCUUUGCCUUCCACCUCAUCAACUCCUCCUGCAAGGAAUAUUCCUGCCCUUGGUGAAUAUACCUUCACGGGCUGUUUAAGAUCUCUGCAGGGCUUUCCAUCGUUUACCGAGGUAGCAACUGAUCCAGACAUGACUACCCGAAAAUGUGUCGAUUUGGCUUUUGGAAGCGAUUAUAUCGGUGUCUAUAAAGAGUCUUGUUAUAAGGCAGAUCUGCUCUCUGAUACAGAAUUCAUAUCGGAUGCACGCUGCGAUCUCCGAUGUCCUGGAGAUCCCACUCUGUUCUGCGGAGGCAUUAUCCGCGGUGGCCAAAGCCUUCUGCAUCGUGCGAUAGCGCCUGAUCAUCUUUUAACACUUUAUCGAAAAACGGUUUCCUCCUCCUCCUCCUCCUCCUCCUCCUCCUCCUCCAUCGCGUCCUAUGCGUCUUCCUCCGCCCCUUCCUCUUCUUCUUUACAGACUACGGGAGCUGACGCUUGUGAAUCAACAUCUCAAUCAAGCUCACUUUCGCGCUAUACUCAAACAACCUCACCAUCCUCUUUUUCCUCCUUUACAACUAUAAACCUUGGCUCAAAGACAUUUUCAGCCUCUGGUUUCUCCAUCACAAAGACCACAUCUCAAACUCGUCUCCCAACAUCAUUCCCUACCCCAACCGCCAUUCACACUGCUUACUCGACGUUAAUUGUUGAUCAUGUCUACACCAAGACCCAAUUUGCCGAGACAGUAACCACUGUUACAUACACGACUAUCAACCCAAGCAAUCCUACAGCUCUAAUCACAACAUGUGUUCCGAUCACACUCCUCUACAGCCCUUGCGGGUGCGAGCACCAGGUAUACCCGUCGGUGGAUAUGGCGACUGUUGCCUGUACUCAAGGAGAGGAUAUUGUUACCCUGACAGUUCCAAAAGCUGCUUAUGAGACUGGCCGUGCGAGCGAUACACACCCGAUAGUUCAAUAUCCUUCAGGCUGGGCUGGAGGCAACAGUAAUCCUGUGGUGCAGCCUACAGAAGGCCCACAAGGUGGCUCCCAACAUGGCUCCAAGAACGUCCCACCUGAGACUCCUACUCGAGCCACAGGAUCACGAGACGAUUCUCAUCCCAGCUAUAAGGUGCACCAGCCUGCGACCACUACUUCAGCUACAGGAUCAAACGGUGAUACUCAACCAGCACAAGGGAAUACGCGGCCGUCUGUUCCAGCUCAAGGCUCACCAGAGUCCAACAGCAAUACCCCAAUGAAUCCCUCCCAGCCAUCAUCUCCAAAGAGCUUGACAACAGAGACAAGCACUAUCUCCACUCCUCAACUCGACACUUCAGCAAUUCCUUCUCAAUCAUCACCUCUUCACCAGGAUCAAGUUCCUUCAGAGCCAGCGGACGCGCCGUAUGCUACACCAAUGGUUGUCUCAGAAGCUCGCGGAUAUAGCCUCCCAUCGUGGAUUGCGAUUACUGCGAUAGUCGGAAUGGAUCUGCUGUUGUAA